CAGCUUAUUAGUUGACAUCCCCAUUCCCGGGUUUACAUCUAGCUGUCAUCUACACAUAUCUUCCUUUAUGCAACAUUUUACAACAUCUUUUUUUUACAUUACAACACACACACACACACACACUUCUUGGAAAUGUGGCAUAACGUCUAAGACCACCCACUUUAACUAGUAUAAAUGAGAGAACAUGCAGCUUCAGUCUUAUCCAUAAACUUCACAAGACAUCUCUUAAAGAAGACCUUUCUUGCUACCUGCUUCUGACUACUUUCUUGUUAAGAGCAAGAUCAUGUCAUACCUGGCAGAUGUUGUUGAAGUUGGUGGGAACGAAGGAAGUGCUUUUAAUUUUAAUGGCAUCGAAAAUGGAACCAUGUUGAAAAAGAUCUGGGUGUGGGUCGGUAAAAAGAAGGUGAAAGCCAUUAAAGUUCAGCUUACUGAUGACCAGUCUGAGCGGUUUGGUGUACUUGAUGGGAAAAUGUCAGAAUUCACAUUUGAAGAUGGAGAGCAUUUCACCUCCCUUUCACUUUGGGAAAAUGGAGAUGGAACACGUCUGGGUGGCAUCAAAUUCAAGACGAAUCACUCCCGGGAGUUCUCAGCAAGCAUGAGCAACUUGAAUUCAAAAUCAGUAGUUCCAGUUGAUGUUGCUUCUGGGAUCUGCAUGGGAAUCAAAGGACGUGCAGAGAUGUCCAAAAGUCCGGGGAUUAGUUCCUUAGGCUUCAUGUUCAUUAACACCAUCAAGUCUACUGAGCUUACAAAUGUUGAGUAUCCCACACUUCAUGAUGUGAAACCCAAAGUAGCUGUCAGGGAAAUCAAAUCCAUGACCUACCAGAAUAACACUACUCAAUUUCAAGAAUAUACAAUUGAAACCUCCAAAAAAAUCACUCAAACAUCCUCCUGGUCUGUUACCGGCAGACUGGAAUUCAUGUUCCACCUGGAAGUUAAGGCAGGAAUUCCACUAAUUGCAGAAGGCACAGCAAGCUAUGAAUUAAAAAUUGGAGUUGAGAGUACAUAUGCUUCGGAGACCACUGAAGAGAAAAUGGAGCUCUUCUCGUUUCCUGUUAAAGUCCCUCCACGUAAAAUUGUGGAUGUGGACAUCACGAUUGGCCAGGCUACAGUUGAUCUCCCCUUCAAUGGCAUAGUCAAGAUUACCUGCUAUAAUAACAGCGUGCUGCAGUUUAAUACCAGUGGAAAGUACAAGGGUGUCACUUAUACUGAUGGAAAAGUAGCUGUGAAUGAAUCAGCCUAAAAGCUUGAUGGGGCCAGAAAAGCUUUGAAGUAAAUUACAAGUAAAUUUCUUUGGAAGUGUGUCGUAAGGUUUAACCCCACCCACUUUAACUAGUAUAAAUAAGAGAGCGUGCAGCUUCUGUGUUAUCCAUAAACUUGCAUCCUUCACAAGACGUCUUUUAAAGAAGGCAUUUCUUGCUACCUUCUUCUAACUACUUCCUUUUAAGUGUGCCUGCUAUUCUUGAUCACAUGAUGUUAUUCAGUUUCACCUUUGUAAUGUCUGUGUAGAUUAUAGCAAGUUACAACAGCAACAACUGUAUAUGUUAAUGCUUUAUAUUACAGUUCCCUUCACAGUGUACAUUUUUUAUACUACAGCGCUGUUCAAUGCUCAAUUCAGAUCAUUUUCAAAAAUAAAGCAAAAUAAAGCAAUGCAGGAUGCCAUUUCAUCACA